AUGACGCGGAGGUGGUCGGAAGAAGUCACGCAUCAUGGAGAAACACCUCUAGCAAUAUCCGCUCCAGACCAGCUCAGUUCUAUCAACAUCAAUAUCAACCGCCGAUUUCACCCUACCAGUGCGCUAAACACUCAAAUAAUGGAGGGCCUGUUCUUCAACAUACAUUCAGGCUAUGUGGAGGGUAUCGUUCGAGGGUACCGCAACAGCCUCUUAACAAGUUCAAACUACUCAAAUCUUACUCAAUGCGAGACCCUGGAGGAUCUCAAAUUACAACUCACACCUUCCUAUGGAGAACAGCUUGCCAAUGUUGCAUCCCCAUUCCCGACAUCAACCAUCGCUGCCAAAGCUACGGAAAAGCUCGUCCAAGACUUUCGGUAUCUACGAGCCCAAGCAACUGGAGCACUUGCCAAAUUUAUGGACUUCCUCACUUAUUCCUACAUGAUCGACAAUGUUGCGUUGCUUAUUACAGGAACUCUACAUGAACGGGAUACGAAGGAUCUUCUAGAGCGAUGUCAUCCACUUGGCUUCUUCGAAGGACUCCCUGCGCUUUGUGUCGCCUCGAAUAUCGAAGAGCUGUAUAGUAUUGUUUUGGUCGAAACUCCGCUAGCGCCCUUUUUCAAAGACAACCUUCGGUCUGCAGACCUUGACGAGCUCAACAUUGAAAUAGUCCGGAAUACCCUCUAUAAAAGUUAUUUGGAGGCUUUUCAUGAUUUCUGCACGACAGACCCAGCGCUUUCCGGGACCCCCAGUGCAGAACUGAUGUCAGAUAUUCUUGGCUUCGAGGCUGAUAGAAGAGCCAUCAACAUUACAUUAAACUCUUUCGGGACGGAACUGUCUAAAUCCGACCGUAAGAAGCUAUAUCCCGAGAUUGGGAAGCUUCAUCCAGAGGGAACCUUAAUGUUAAGCCGAGCAGAUGACCCGGAAGCCGUACGAUUGGCGAUAGAGAUAGUCGGCGAAUACAGAUAUUUCUUUGACCAGGGUGGAAUUGGGCAAGGUGGUGGUGGAAUUGGGGGGGGUACACAAAAGAGCCUUGAGGACAUUUUUUACCAGAAAGAAAUGGAAUUAGCGAAGGGUACUUUCACUCAUCAUUUCACUUUCGCUGUGGUCUAUGCAUGGCUCAAAUUACAAGAACAGGAGAUACGGAAUAUUACAUGGAUCGCCGAGUGCAUAGCCCAAAACCAAAAGGACAGAAUUGGCAACUAUAUAAGUGUAUUCUAG